CAUUUUGCUGCACCUGCAGCACCUGCAAGCGAUUUUCAAAUCGAAACUGCAUGGUUAGAAAAUGACCUCCUGGCCACUGGAGGGCAGUCCUUACAAACAGAAGAGUCUUUUCUGUCAUCAUAAGGAUUUUUUUGCAUAGAAACAGAUUCGACUAGAAUGGAUUAAGAGUCUCUUCUGCUCGUUCCAUGUGAUUAUCUGAAUCUUUUAUUUGCACUAACGUCUCUUCGCCGGCAGCCAAAUGGCAGCGACGGCAGUAAGAGCAGCAGCGGCAGCAGUGACGGCAGCGGCGGGGAGUCCAGCGUCUUUGUCGCGGUUUCGGGGUGCGUUAGUAGCCGCUGUGGUCGGUGACUGUGUCGGUGGUGAGUUCGAAGGUGCGGAGGAGGUUCCUAUGGAGACUGUGCUGAGGCACCUGAACGGCCUGGAGAACGACACCAAAGGAGACGCCACUCUUGAAUACAGUGAUGACACAGCAAUGGCACGUUGUGUUGUGCAGUCUCUACUCACCCGAGGUGGCUUCGAUGAGCAGGACAUGGCUCACAGGUUUGCCAAAGAGUACAGUGCAUCUCCUGGUCGUGGUUAUGGUGCUGGAGUUAUUCAGGUGCUUAAGAAGCUAGCAUCACCUCACCUCAGUGACGUGUACCAGCCAGCUAGGGAACAAUACAAUGGUCGAGGCUCCUUUGGAAAUGGGGGGGCCAUGAGGGCAGCUCCCUUUGCUCUGGGUUUCCCAGAGCAGGCUAAUGUUAAAAAGUUUGCCCGUUUAGGUGCCAUGCUGACUCACUCCUGCUCUCUGGGUUAUAAUGGUGCUUUGCUCCAAGCGUUAGCUGUGCACCUGUCCCUUCAGGGGGCACUAGAAUUACCCCAACAGUUUAUUAGCAAGCUAAUCACAGAGAUGGAGAACGUGGAGGAAGAUGAUGCAGCGCGCAGUGAUGCUAGAUUCUUAAAGGAGGCAGACAAGCCAUUCUGUGAACGCCUUUACAGAGUUAAAGACCUGAUGGGUAGGAGCACGGUUAGCAUAGAGGAGGUCAUCUCUGAACUGGGUAAUGGAAUUGCAGCCCUACACUCUGUACCCACUGCCAUCUUCUGUGUCCUUCACUGCCUGGAACCCCGUGAAUGCUUUCCCGAAAGCUACGGUGGUCUGGAAAGGACAAUAGCAUUUUGCCUCGCACUCGGAGGAGACACAGACACCAUAGCCUGCAUGGCUGGAGCCAUCGCCGGGGCCCACUACGGCAUCCAGGCCAUUCCACAGUCCUGGAUCAAGUGCUGUGAGGGUGCAGAAGAUGCUGACGUGAGCGCAGGUCAACUUCACAUGCUUUACCAACAGUUGUCACAGAGUGAUAGUAGUGACAUCAGGACAGGCGAGAAGAGCUAUGGACUCUGGACUGAAAACAAAUCUAAUGGCGCAGAGAAGAAAAACGGCACACAGUGAUUCCUUCCUAAGAAAAUAAGGAAUCAUGUGAUAGAAUAUUUGCCAAACCUUUUUACACUUUUUUUUUUAAAUCAAAAGUAAAUAUCCACAAGCUCAUGGUCAUGUUGAUCCUGGGGGAUGUAUCAUGAGGGGCACCUGUGAAAAUUAUCCAAUUUGACUAUGUAAAUUGAUCUGGAAAAUGUUAUUUAUUCUCUGCUGAUAUCUUUUGUUUGCCCAUGUGGUAGUGACAAGUAGUACACCUAUUAUUGUUAUAAAAGAAAAAAAAAAAAGAACAAGAGCUGUUAAUGUCUUUCCUCAAUUCCUGCAAAUAUAAGCAGGUUAGGUACACCUAAACAGGCCCAGGUUUUACCCUGGGUAAGUAAAUUCUGAGUAAAUUGAAACUAAAAGAUCAAUAUAUUACAUCAAAUAUACUUUUUUUGUCAUUUUUGUUUGGUGGUGGAUUUUUGUAAUGUAAAACAUGCCAUAUGUUUGGGAAAUACUGGUAUAUACUGUAGGUCUGGUUGUUUUUGUCCCCUGAUACUACACUACCCUAAAAGCA